AUGAUAAACCUGUCACCGUCGGUUUAUCGGAACGCUAAUGAUGGAGAGCGGACAGUAACCAGCAAGAAGGUAUAUUCAAGAAGACCCUGGUAUGCACCGGCCAUCGACCCGAUAGACCCAAUUGACCCGUACGCAAAUUACGAGCAAGACUACAAAUCGGAGUCUAACGGAGAUUACUAUGGAAUACUAGAUAGUGGUGAACCAGUGACGCAAAUCGUCGAACAUCUAAAACACGUGGAGUCAGUUUCCCCGAAUUCAAGAUUAGAACAGACACCUACGGUGAAGACGGUUUCUGAACUCUCAAUCUCCAAUGCUAUCAAUUUAAGAGAGGCAGUACUCGUAGCACUAGGCGGUGCCGGCGCAGCGUUAGUUUUACUCAUCGUGAUGGCUGGAGUAUUCUGCGCACGCAGACGCAAGAACAGCCCCAGUCCAGUGCCAUCCCCUCCUAUUCUCGUCUACCCUCCACAUGACAUCGCGGCUUCGUGCUACUUGACGAAGGAGGUAAACUUCUCGUUGCCAACGCUGCGAUCUUCUUCGCUGGGUGAAUUGCGUGACGUCAGCGUAUCGAGCCUCAACAGUGACGUGCUCUGCCCGCCCACCACUUCGCAAUACCGAUCGAAUUCAUUCACAAACACCACUGAUUUGGGAGUUCUUGACCCAUCGCUUUAUAAGGCGGACUGCUUAGUUGAAGAUCAACUUUGGCCUGAGGGACACGUGGGUCGCGUUUGGUUUACUUUGAAGUAUGAAUCGAGUACUGAGCGUCUACAGGUCCAUAUAAUAAAGGCGAAACAUCUGCCUUCCCGCACACCAGCUCUCGCAAAUGCCUGCGACCCCAACAUAAAGAUUCAACUUAUGCCAGAUGAAAGGCGAGUGCUACAAACAAAGCAGAAGAAGAAAACCUGCAACCCGUUCUUUGACGAGACUUUUGUUUACCAAAUUCCGCCAGGUAAAUUGGAAGCGUUAACGCUGAAGCUAUCUGUCCUGGACACGGGUAGAAUGGGUAAAAACAAGCAGCUGAUAGGACAUAUUAUUCUACCGCUCAGUGAACUGGAAGGUGUCGCCCCUGAUGAAGAACCCCAACUUUACAAAUUGGAUAUUGAGAAGGAAGUACAAGACCCGACAUCAGAUUUAGGGGAAAUUCAAGUAUCCUUGCUGUAUAAUGAAAAUCUGCAUCGACUCACUGUCACGGUGAUAGAAGCAAGGAGCCUAAAGUUGGAUCCGUCGUCAAGUAAACGCGAAGUGGUGGCACGUGUGACGCAAGAGCGAGCGUGUCGUGGUGUGAGAGCACGUCGCACCGCUGCUGUAGAAGUUUCGGAAGAUGGUAGCGCUCUUAUAUCUGAGUGCUUCAACUUCAGACUGCGGCCGGACGAACUCCACACGACCAGCGUCACCGUACAGGCCUUGCAACCGCACUCCGUUUAUGCCAAAGAUCGACUUCUUGGAAAGUUCGUACUGGGAUCCUACAUGUUCGCACGAGGGCGAGCCCUACAGCAUUGGAAUUCAGCAAUAUCUAGUCCAAUGGAGCAAGUAAAGCAGUGGCAUCCUCUCACAAACUAGACCUCCACCACGCCUAAUGACAACCGAUCGUUUAGAUGUAAGUUAAAACUACGUAAGAAUGCCUCACGUAGAUGUCAUCAA